CAGUAGGUGUCAUCUUUGUGAGACAACGCUUUUAGAUCGCGAGUAGAGCGAGCAGCUAGCUAGCGCACAAGUUGUUUUGAAAAAAAAUGGCAGCUUCGAAGAAGGGGAAGAAAGUUGUAAAUCAAGAAGAACUGCGGCGCUUGAUGAGAGAAAAACAAAGACAAACGACAGACAAGAAGCGCGUUGAGUCUCCUUUUGCCAAAUACAACAGUCUUGGGCACCUCAGCUGUGUGCUGUGCAGUGUGCAGGUGAAGUCCGAGCUGCUGUGGCCGGCUCAUGUCCUCGGAAAACAGCACAAAGAGAAGAUUGCCGAGCUGAAGGAAGCAAAGAGUCAGCCACCGACUCCCCAGAACCAACCAGUGAAGAGGAAAGCAUCGGACAGCGAGGACAUUAACGGGAAAAAGGCGAAACCAGCGCCGGUUGCAGGCCAGUCUGCGUCGUCAGGGCUACCAGGAGACUUCUUUCAGAAACCCAAAGAAAAGGAAACUGUUUCUGCUCAGAAGUCUGCAGGUUUGAGUCUCUUGGCUGGAGUCUAUGAUGAGGAUGAUGAUGAUGAAGCAGAUGCUGAAGAGUCGGGUCAGACGGUAACACCAAACCCUCUUCCUCAGAAGGCUGAAGCUGCAGUGCUACCAUCUGAUUUUUUUGACAGCUCCAUCCCAUCCACACCUGCCAUCUCCCACUCUGGCUCCAUCCUCAAAGCAGACUUGCAGGAGAAAAGCACAGAAAAGAAAGAAAAUACAGCUGAGGCGCUGCCGGAGGGCUUCUUCGACGAUCCUAUAAGAGAUGCCAAAGUGCGCAACGUUGAUGCACCAAAAGAUCAAAUGGACAAAGAGUGGGAAGAGUUUCAGAAGGAGAUACGACAGGUGAACACAAAAUCAGAGGCCAUCGUAGCCGAGGACGACGAAGAGGGUCGCCUUGAACGUCAGAUCGACGAAAUCGAUGAACAAAUUGAGUGUUAUAAGAGGGUUGAGCUGCUGAGAGACAAGCGCGAUGUGGUGAAAAACCAGCCUAUGUCCAGGAAGGAGGAACUAAUGGAGAUUGAUGGCAGCAUUGAGGAGGAAGAGGAUGAAGAGGAGCUGCUGGGGCUUUUGUCCCGGGACUGGAGGGCUAAAGGGGCACUGGCAUAAAUUUCUGUAAAAAAUCAUUUUGUCCAGAAUGUUGUUAAAGCACAUAAGAGAGGUAUUUUUUGUACAAGUGUGUCAGAAAUGUGUAAAUAUGUUUGUUCAAAGAUCCCCAUCGCUUCUUUUUGUAUAUUACAGACUGGGUUAAAUGUGAUGAAGUGAUGUGCAACAUUCUAGUAAAACAUGAGCUACCACCACAAGACAA